CACGAUGCUUUCGACGACCAUCACCACCCCGAGCGCUUUCGUGAAGCCGCAAGCGCCGCGAACGCGCGUCAAGGCGCGCGCCGACAGCACCAUGGCCCCGCCCACGACGCGCGUGCCGCCGAGAAACCCCGAAGGCGCGCCGACGGUGGUGCCGCAAGAUUUGCCGAGCCGACCGCGACGCAACCGCCGCUCGCCGACGGUGCGAAAGGCGUUCCGCGAGACGAUUCUCACGCCGGAUAACUUCAUUUACCCGAUUUUCGUGCACGAGGGCGAUGAGAACAUUCCCAUCGGUUCUAUGCCGGGACAAGACCGCCUGAGCUUCAAGAAUGGCAUGAUCAAGCAAGUGCGCGAGGCGCGCGCGGCCGGCGUGAACCAAGUGGUCGUCUUCCCGAAGACCCCGGAUAACUUGAAGACGGCUUGCGGGAAGGAGGCGUUCAAUCCGAACGGCUUAGCCCAACGCUCGAUCUCGUUGUUGAAGGAUACGUUCCCCGAUUUGGAAGUGUACACCGACGUCGCGCUCGAUCCGUACAACACUAUGGGCCACGACGGCAUGGUGCGCUCCGACGGCGUCGUCAUGAACGACGAAACGGUGUACUAUUUGUGCCAACAAGCCGUGUCCCAAGCGCGCGCGGGUGCUGAUGUUAUUUCUCCGUCCGAUAUGAUGGAUGGUCGCGUCGGUGCCAUUCGCCAAGCGCUCGACGACGAAGGUUUCACCAACGUCGCCAUCAUGAGUUACACCGCCAAGUACAACAGCGCGUACUACGGUCCGUUCCGUGAUGCCUUGGCGUCGGCGCCGCGUCCGGGUAGUGAAGACUGGAAGAUUCCGAAGGACAAGGCUGAGUACCAAAUGGACCCGGCCAACUACCGUGAGUGCUUGCGCGAAGCUGCUCUCGAUGAACAAGAGGGCGCGGACAUCAUGAUGGUCAAGCCGGCGGGCGCCUACUUAGACAUCAUCCGCGCGCUUAGAGACAGCACCACGCUCCCAAUUUCCGCGUACCAAGUGUCUGGCGAAUACUCCAUGUUGAAGGCUGCCGCCGCGGCGGGUUACCUUAACGAACGCGAUGCGGUCUUGGAAUCCUUGAUCGCCAUCAAGCGCGCCGGAGCCGACUUGACGUUAACGUACUAUGCCAUCGAUGCCGCCAAGUGGAUCCAAGAAGGCAACUAAGUUGAACGCGAGUAGGACA